AUGGCGACACCUGGGAGAUCUCCCCCUCCCCCCGCUACCACCGUCUCAUCUACUGGUCAUCAAUCUGAUCUACAAAGGCUUCGUCGUGAGCUUGCCAGGGCUCGCCGCUCCCUAGCCCAAGUCCGUGAAGACCUUAAUAAUGUGAUCGACGACGGUUCGGACGACAACUCGCAGGUUCUGGACGACUUACAAGGGCGCGAAUCUGCCGCCCUGACCCGUAUCUCUGAGAUCGAGACUAACAUUGCUGAGGCUCAGGCUACCAUCGACGCUGAGCGCAGUGAUCUGGCCCGUCAGGCAGGAUUGUCACGUGCAAUCCAAGCUCGUUUGAGUGUCGAGGAUCAGAAUACGACUUCUUCACCUCCAAACGAUCGUGAGGGAGUCCUUGAGUCCCCCCAAUAUGUGAGCUUCACCCCGAGCCGGGCCGGCAACGUGAUUGAUCCGGUCCCUAGAGUGGAUGAACGCCCACCUACAACGUUGGCUGACCUGAACCGAUUGCCCGUACCUGAAGUGCAGUCUGGUCCUCAUGUAGCUUCUCAUGUUUCCCUUGUAGAAAAUCUGUUCGUGGAGGCUGGUGCUGGACAGUUCAGCGCCUCCGGUUCGUUCGUCCCGCACGCGAAGUUUAAGCUUACCUGCUUCACGAAGUUAGCGACGAGUCUGAAGCCAUGCCCUGCAGCAUUGGCUGUCGCUCAUGAGGUUGCAAGGACAACGAGGUAUGAUUGGGCUUCUAUUCGUCAUGAACUCUGGCAGCAGUUCUCUCGUAAGGACCAGCUGAGGGACGAGUACCGAUCGGCUCUCCAGUCCUUGAAGUUCGGGGGCUUGGAGCACGCGGAUGACUUCCUUCGGAAAUGCUCUGCGCUCUACCAUCUUUAUCAAGAUGUUUACAAGGAUGAGGCCUCCGAGAGAAGGGUCAUGGUUCGCGCGGUUGUCAAUAAGUUGCCUGAGAAUCUACGCUUGGAUGUGAUCGAGUCCGUCCACCACUCCACCGGGGUGUCGCGUGACACCGAAUGCACUACCUCUGAGGAUCUCGAGUGGGAGCUCCUUUUGCCCUUCGAUGGUGUUCGUGUGGGACCAACUGUAGUGAGGUGCAUAAGGAAGAGCUGUCGUGUCUUCCGUGAUGCUUCGAUCAAGCUUACUCUACAGUCAAGUUCUGCAAAGGCGUCUGAGAAGGAGGCUGCACGCACAACUUUGCACACGCGUGCCGCCAUUGACACUCUCUCCCAAUUACACGACGGGAACCCCAAGCAUAAGAGAGAGAAUCUAUCGAAGUGGGCCUCUAAGUUUGCGGCUGUCUAUGUGAUCGGUGGGCCUGGGGUACAAGGCCCCUCUGAUAAAGUGGUUCGCUCGGAUGAGUCUAAGACAAUCUCACUUCGUUCGGGAAAAGGACAGCUGUGGUUUGUGGCCUACAACAACAAGACGGAAGGUCUCAAUGCUGUUAAAGAGAUUGAAAGGGCCGGUCUUAGCUAUCUGUUGUUGUCGGACUCGUCAGAUCUGUGCUGCGGCCCUGGCUCUCCGUUCGAGGAGUGUGAAGCAGAUUUGAGCUCUGUUCGCCUUGCUGAUGGUUCUAGGCGGGAAGUGUCCGCCGUCGUUGAAACCAUCCUUGGAUUGUUCCCGCAUGAUUGUGCUGAUCCUCUUGUCCUGGGCGAGGUUCGUAUCCGACUCCGUGUUUUGGUUGUGAAAUCUUUCUGGAGAGGUUCUUCUACUUGGUGUGUACUUGCGGGUCGAAAUCUACUGUCCUACUGGCAACUCGAGAUUCGUGGUUCGUCUUAUGCUGCCGUUCGUGGAGUCUGCGUAUAUCAGAACGCUGUGAGAGAUCCUUCCUACCCUUCGAGUGACGACCUGAGUAUCUUGCAAGUGCUUCCUGAAGGCUGUGAACCUCCUGAUUUGAACCUACCUGGCGUUCGUGUACAGCCCUCUUGUGACGAUUCUGUUGAUCUUGGCUUCCCUAUCCCGUUGGGUACCAAGACUAUUAGCCGUGUGAUGGACGUUCUGAAUGCCCUCUGUGACGAGGGAUGGGCUCCUCUGUUGAAAUGUCCUGGCGAUCGUCUCUCCGUUCGAUUACGUAAGCUGUUACCAGUUGAGGUUCGUGACACCCUCCAACAACGUUACACAUUUGAAAUCAAGUUCGCUGGUUUUGAAAGUGAUUCCGUGCGCGAAACGCGGAGCUGUGCUGGUGCUCUGUACGAUCGUUUAUCUGCUGAAAAUCGAAAAGCGUACUUUGAUCUUAUCGAGGACUACGUGAAACGUUUUUGGUGGGUUCGAGCUCCGCCGGUAGUACCAACUAUUUCUUCCAUGUCUCCAGUCAUACCGGUGUUCAUGGUCGGGCCUUCGAUGAACAGGAAGCCACGGUUGGUGUUGGACUGCCGAGAAUUGAAUCGCGGUCUCCCUAAGGCCAGUAGUGAGGCGCCUGAUGCCUUUGUAGUUAUAGGCUGUCUGCGGUGGCAGUCCCCACCAGUGAUGGCGACUGUCGAUGCUAAGCAAGCCUUCUAUCGGGUUCGCUUGCAGAAUUUAAUUCUACAGCUAGGUGCUGCUACUUCCACGUAUUGGAGUUCGCGUAUGUGUUUUGGUCUGGUCUUUGGUCCCUGUGGUCUCUUGAGCUCGUUCGGCAAGCUGGUUGCAGCCAUAUCUUGUCUCUUCAUGGUAUGUCUCUGGAGCUUGUUUGUCGACGACUUCGUCAUCGGCGGUAGUUCUGAUGCUGUUAUUAAUAAUGUGAAGGUUUUGCUCUUUGCCAUGUUUGCGUGUGGCUUUGGCGUCCAGCUUGCAAAGCUCCGGUUCAUUUGUUGUGCUUCUGUGAGUGACGCCAUGACUCGGCUCCUGUCUUCUCUCGGUGUUCCUAUCUCUGAGAAGCUUCCCGUGCUCGGAGUUAACUUCUAUUAUAUUGAUGAUAACUUGAUUCUGUCGUGUGAUAGAUCGUCUCGACUCCGAUCGGUGCGUGACUUUGUGGUUUCUGAUACCUCGUUCGAGACUUCCAAGUCUGAGAUUUACUCCAUCUGUGGAAAAAUCGGUUUUGAUCCCGCAAAGCGUCACCCUGAUUGCCGAGCAGCUGCUGAUGCUAUGCGUGCUUUGAUUGGUAAAGCUUUCAACAAAGAGCCCUGGUCUGAGAGAAUUAAUCUUGUUACCUCAAUGACUACAGCUCAAUUCGCGGUUUUCACUGCUCUUCUGAUGUGGAUGCGUGAACUUACUGAUAAUUGUGAUUGUUCUCAUACUUCUCCCUGUUCGUCGUCAUCUGAGCCGAUCUCUGCUCUAACAUUGGCGUGCGAUGCUUCCCGAUCGGGCGGAGGAUUUUUGAUUGUGUCUUCCACCGAGGGGGGCGGAGAUAAGAGCGAUGAUUUCGAUAUAUCUUCUAGCCCUGUGAUCUGUAGUGAAGCGUUUCGUUGGUCUAAACGCCAGCGUCUGUACCACUCAAAUAGGAGAGAGUUGAUGACUCUUUUGUUGGGUCUGCGAACUUUGAGUAAACUCGUGGCUCACCAGGUUGAGCACUGUGUGUGUCGUGAGCCUUUGUCGAUUUCGGUCCGCUCGGACAAUCGUGCUUGUAUAGCUUGGUCAGCACAAGACGCCUCUAGUUUGUUCACGCGCAGUAAAGCCGUUGAGAAGCGCGCUAUUGGCCGUCUUAUCCUCGCUAUUGCGGAUGAGAUCAAGUUUCUGAGGCGCCAUGCUUCAGUCUCCGUUCUGCAUGUUAAGGGUUCGCCGAAUCUUGAGGCGGAUCGUCUGUCACGUUUGUUCGAUCGUCCAUGUGGUAAUGGUCUAUCACUGGCGGACGCACUAGCAGGCGACAUUGAGUCUGGAGAGAUCUUUUGGCCUACGGAUGAUGAUGAAGAAACCAAGGACUUGUUAUGCAUUUUGAUCGACGACUUUGCAAGGUCGGCUUUGGACCGUUCGCGGCUAUUCUCAGAGUUGGAGUCCGAGAAUGUGGCCUCUGAUCUCGGUGCUGACUUGAUCGCUCUACUUCCUUCUGAAGCAUCUUCGUCAUCUUUCGCCGACCAGAUAUCUCAUCAGUGCUAUGACUUGUCCCAAGCAUUUCACGCCGUUAAGGCUCUUCGAUUUAUCUUGAGGGUAUUGAAGGCCAACUGUAAAGGACGUGAGGCUUUGGAGGAGCUCGAGUAUCCAAGUCUUCCUAAUGACCGUGAUAUUCGCGCUUUGGUUCAUUCCGCACAACAGUCCGAUGACAUCUGUUCGAGACUGAUUCGAGAGAGCCCCACUCCUUCUGGUCCCUAUGUUCAGGACAACGAUCUGGUAGUCUUCCGGUCUGGUACUCCAUUUGGUUUCGAGCUGCGACAGUUCGUGAUACCUAAGUCUUCUGUCGCUCUUCGUGAGAAAAUUUUGCUCGAAGCUCAUCGUCGUUGUGGACAUCAAGGUCUGCGACCAUCUCUGUCUUACGUUGAGGACUUUCAUUUGCCUUCGGGCACGAGUCAGAUGAGAGAUCUUCUUCGCUUAUGUGUAGUCUGUCGAACGUUGAGAGCUCGUCGUUAUUGGAAUGCUCUUCCUUCCGUUCGUACCGACGUUGUAAAAUUGAACACGAAGUGUCCGUAUUAUAAAGUCGCUAUUGAUUAUUAUGCUGUCGGCGACAAGAUUAAAUUGUUGUCUGCUAUGUGUUGCUUCUCGAAGCACAUCUCUUUCUUUCGAGUGGAGUCGGAGACCUCGGAAGAAGCUCUAAGAGUGUUGAAGAUUCUCCAACUCCGUACGGGGGGUGUCCGUAUCAUUCGUAGCGAUCGAGCGUCGUAUUUCCGUUCUGUGACGAACUUCGUCGAUCGCGCUGCUACUUUGUUGAAUGCAUCCGUGGAGCUUACAUCUAGUCGUUCGCCAUGGGAGCUCGGUUCUGAAAAGCUGCAUGAUAUCGCAGGAGAUCGCUUGAGAGUUCUCUUGCGGAGUUCUGCUGGCCGAUGGCCUGAUGAUUCCGUUCGUGAGCAACAACUUCUCGAGGAGCUCAUGCUUCUGAUGAAUACGAGACCAUUGGGUACUUAUUAUGUGAGCGAGAACGGCUCGGACGUGAUCACUCCUGAUGCUUUAUGUUAUGGUCGUACUCGCCGACUCGGUUGUCUGUAUUCCGGUUCGACUAUGGACGAUGCUGAGUUUGCUACUAACUUCGCGCCAUACCGCGUCAGAGCGUUCCGCAACGCCUUUGUGUCUUGGCUCUGGAGUGAGUUAAAGAAGCACUCGUGCUCUUCGGUUCGCGCUAAGUCCCGCGGUGUCACCCCCGCUGAGUUCGCUCCUGGCGAUGCCGUACUCGUCUACAUGGGUGGUAGAAAACUUGGUAUGUCCUUUCGUCUUGGUCAUGUUAUCGAACUGGUAUCUGGCCGUCGAGUCCGAGUUCGAUUCCCUUCCGGUUUGAUCACCCUGGAGAAUCUGUAUAACAUCGUUCUUUUGCGAGCGCACUCUCACAUUAGCCCCGAGCAGUCUAAUGUUAGUCGAGUUGGUAUGCCUAUUGUGCUGGGCUCUGGGUCUUGUGAGCGUGAAGCCCAGAUCUGCUUUGAUCCCUGUAACUAUUCAGGUGAGGUUUGGGUCAAGCUCAAGAACGGUAAUGUGCCUGAGAUUGUUGACCUGUCCUCUGCUGUGUGGCGACUCGGGUCGCUCUCAUCGACCGACUCGGUUCGCCAAGGGGGGCGUGAUAGUACUAGAGACAACUGUGAUACUACUCUUCCGAGCUUAGUUGGUAUGCGUCUCAGUGUACUAUAUGAUGUAAUCAUUCCCGGUCGUAAACGACCGCAAAAGCGUUAUUAUAGGGGUACGGUUGUUGCUGUUCGUGCCUCCGGUGAUGUUGAUAUCGAGUGGGAUGAUAUCCAUAGCGAAAUUUCUACUCUUGACUUGUCCUCGGCUACUUAUCAUAUCGUGCGCUGA